AAUCGUGCCUGCCAGCUUUUGCUUGGUUAUGGUAUGGACUUAUGGCUAAAUAAGUAUAAAAUCUCUAACAGAAACUAAAAAAAAAAAAAAUUAUAAAGAAAGACGAAUAAGGAAAAAAGGGUGUUAAAGACCAAAGGCCAAAGCCAUUUUUUCUUUCUUUUGGUUUCUGGGGAGAGACCAGUUUGGGCAAAGAUGGUGAAGAAGUGGAAAAAGGCUUUGAUUUUGGUGCUGUUUACAGUCUGCAUUCUGGGGUUUAAGCCAAGAUGUGUCAAUGGCGAAACAGAUCAAGCAGAUGCUUCUGCUCUAGGGGUUAUGUAUACCAGCUUAAAUUCACCACAGCAGCUAACAGGUUGGACUGCUAGCAAUGGUGAUCCAUGUGGGCAGUCCUGGAAAGGUGUUACUUGCUCGAACAAACGCGUCACUGAAAUUAAACUGUCAAAUCUUGGACUUUCCGGGUCGGUGGGUUACAGCUUUCAAAGUUUGACAUCAUUGAAAGAAUUGGACUUGAGCCACAACAAUUUUGCAGGAGAUAUACCAUAUUUUACUCUUCCGAACUUGCAGCGAUUAAAUCUCGAGUAUAAUCAAUUUACUGGCAGCAUCCCUUUUGCCAUCAGUCAGAUGCCUUCUCUUCAGUACCUAAAUCUUGCUCAUAAUCAGUUGCAGAAUGCGCUGACCGACAUGUUUGGACCACUUUCUUCCCUCUCCACACUGGAUCUCUCUUUCAAUUCUCUGAACGGUGGUCUCCCCGAGAGUUUUAAGAAUCUUACCAGUAUAAGCUCUAUGUACUUGCAAAACAACCAGUUUUCAGGCACUAUUGAUGUCCUUGCAAAUCUUCCCCUCGAUACUCUAGAUGUUUCGAACAACCAAUUUACUGGCUGGGUACCUGAUCAACUGAAAAGUAUCAAUUUGAAGAAGGAUGGUAAUUCAUGGAGCUCAGGGCCUGCACCUCCACCUCCACCUGGUACUCCUCCUGCCACUAGAAACAGAAAGCACAAAUCUGGCAGCGAUGGUUCUGCAUCAGAUAGUGGUUCUGGUGGUGGGAGUAGUGGCUCAGGAAUUGGAGGUGGAGCCAUAGCUGGAAUAGUGAUAUCAAUCCUUAUUAUUGGGGCUAUAGUAGCGUUUUUUUUGGUGAAGAGAAGAUCCAGGAAGUCAUCCUCGGAUGUCGAAAAGCUCGACAAUCAACCCCUUGCUCCUCUUGCUUCUAAUGAAGUGCAAGAAAUAAAAUCAGUCAAGUCCUCCUCUUCAUUUGAUAGCCAGGCACUUGAUACACCCAUUUCAAUAAGCCUUCGACCCCCUCCUAUUGACCGUUUCAAAUCAUUCGAUGAUGAAGAGUUUUCUAAAAAGCCUGUUGUUGUUAAGAAAGCUGUACCGGCUCCUACAAAUGUUACAUCAUAUUCGAUAGCAGACCUCCAGAUAGCUACUGGCAGUUUCAGUGUUGAAAAUCUUCUCGGUGAAGGGUCAUUUGGACGUGUUUAUCGAGCUCAAUUUGCUGAUGGCAAGGUUCUUGCGGUGAAGAAAAUAGACUCAUCGGCUCUUCCCAGUAACAUGUCUGACAAUUUCAUGGAGAUGGUUUCAAAUAUAUCCCAGUUGCAUCACACAAAUGUAACCGAGUUGGUUGGCUAUUGUUCAGAGCAUGGACAACACCUGCUUGUCUACGAGUUCCACAAAAAUGGCUCACUUUACGAUUUCCUACAUAUAUCAGAUGAGUACAGCAAGCCAUUGAUUUGGAACACCCGAGUCAAAAUUGCUCUCGGGACUGCACGUGCAUUAGAGUACCUCCAUGAAGUUUGCUCGCCGUCUGUUGUUCAUAAAAAUAUCAAGUCAGCUAACAUCUUACUUGAUGCUGAACUCAACCCUCACCUUUCAGACUCGGGAUUGGCGACGUUUAUUCCAAAUGCAGAUGAGGUACUAAAUCGUGACGAUGUGGGGUCUGGAUACAGUGCACCUGAGGUUACUAUGUCCGGACAGUACUCUCUUAAGAGUGAUGUUUACGGUUUUGGAGUGGUUAUGUUGGAACUUCUCACUGGACGUAAGCCAUUUGACAGCACAAGGCAUAGACUGGAGCAAUCUUUGGUUCGAUGGGCAACACCUCAACUCCACGAUAUCGAUGCUCUAUCCAAGAUGGUUGACCCGGCACUUAAAGGGCUUUACCCCGUUAAAUCUCUCUCACGUUUUGCCGAUGUGAUCGCUCUUUGUGUCCAGCCGGAGCCCGAGUUUCGGCCGCCUAUGUCAGAAGUGGUUGAAGCAUUGGUUCGACUAGUGCAGCGAGCUAACAUGAGUAAGAGAACAACAGGGACAGACCAAGGUGCAUCUCCACGAACUGGAAACCCCGAUGAUACACACGACUACAUGUCUUAAAUGGUUGCACAAUUCUUGCUUGAUUGUUUUGGUGACGAGGACUCUGAGAUUGUAAUCAUGUUUGAAUGGUUUUUUUUUUUUAUUGUAAAAUAAUUAUACAUCCCUUUAGUUUCAGUUUCAAUUUCAGCCCUUCAGUUUGUAAUAUGUUGCCAUAUGGUCCAUUUGGUGACACCCAUCCAUUGAAAUUCUUUCACCCUUCUGUACAUGUUGAACUUCUAGUGUUUCUUUUUUUCUCAAUACAAUAAUAAGGCCCAGUAUUUCUCUUAA